CAUCGAUUCUUCUCUGAAACCAGAGAAAUGUGCAGCUUUGAAAAGUUCCAGGUCGUGUUCAUCUUUGACGGUCUGGAUGAGUGUCGACUUCCUCUGGACUUCCACAACAAUGAGGUCCUGACUGAUGUUACAGAGUCCACCUCAGUGGACGUGCUGCUGACAAACCUCAUCAGGGGGAACCUGCUUCCUUCUGCUCGUCUCUGGAUCACCACACGACCCGCAGCAGCCAAUCAGAUCCCUCCUUACUGUGUUUCCAUGGUGACAGAGGUCAGAGGGUUCACUGACCCACAGAAGGAGGACUACUUCAGGAAGAGGUUCAGAGAAGAGGAGCAGACCAGCAGGAUCAUCUCCCACAUCAAGACAUCACGAAGCCUCCACAUCAUGUGCCACAUCCCAGUCUUCUGCUGGAUCACUGCUACGGUCCUGGAGAACGUCCUGGAAACCAGAGAGGGAGGGGAGCUGCCCAAGACCCUGACUGAGAUGUACAUCCACUUCCUUGUGGUCCAGGCCAAACUGAAGAAGGUCAAGUAUGAUGGAGGAGCUGAGACGGAUCCACACUGGAGUCCAGAGAGCAGGAAGAUGGUGGAGUCUCUGGGAAAACUGGCUUUUGAGCAGCUGCAGAAAGGAAACCUGAUCUUCUAUGAACCAGACCUGAGAGAGUGUGGCAUCGAUGUCAGAGAGGCUUCAGUGUACUCAGGAGUGUUCACCCAGAUCUUUAGAGAGGAGAGCAGCCUGUACCAGGACCAGGUCUUCUGCUUCAUCCAUCUGAGUGUUCAGGAGUUUCUGGCUGCUCUUCAUGUCCGUCUGACCUUCAUCAAGUCUGGAGUCAACCUGCUGGAGGAACAAAGAAACACCUCCAGAUGGUAUAAAACAAGAGCUGUGACUGAUCUCCAUCAGAGUGCUGUGGACAAGGCCUUACAGAGUCCUAACGGACACCUGGACUUGUUCCUCCGCUUCCUCUUGGGUCUUUCACUAGAGACCAAUCAGACUCUCCUACGAGGUCUGUUGAAACCAAAACAAAGAAGUUCACAGAACAAUCAGGAAACAGUUAAAUACAUCAAGAAGAAGAUCAGUGAGGAUCUGUCUGCAGAGAGAAGCAUCAACCUGUUCCACUGUCUGAAUGAACUGAACGAUCGUUCUCUGGUGGAGGAGGUCCAACAGUCCCUGAGGUCAGGACGUCUCUCCACAGGUAAACUGUCUCCUGCUCAGUGGUCGGCUCUGGGCUUCAUCUUACUGUCAUCAGAAGAAGAUCUGGAGGUGUUUGACCUGAAGAAAUACUCAGCUUCAGAGCAGGCUCUACGGAGGCUGCUGCCGGUGGUCAAAGCCUCCAAGAAAGUUGUGUUGAGUGACUGUAACCUCUCAGAGGACAUCUGUCCACUUCUGUCCUCAGUUCUCAGCUCUCAGUCCUCCAGUCUGACAGAACUGGACCUGAGUAACAACCACCUGCAAGAUUCAGGACUGAAGAAGCUGUGUCCUGGACUGGAGAGUCCACACUGUCACCUGGAGUCUCUCAGGUCAGAAUCCCCCAAGUGUUCAACUGUGGACCGUUAGAACUGUGGUUGAUAUUGAAAGAUUGUUGAUGUGUUUCUGCUGAUCCUCUGACUUUUCCUUCAGCACCAUCAUCAGGUGAACACGAGGACAGAGUCAGCUUUAGUCUCAGAGCAGUUCUCUC